AUGGACAAUUGCUCCAGGGUAACUGAGUUUAUCCUCAUGGGUUUUAUUGAUACAUGGGAACUAAGACUUCUGCAGUCCCUGUUAUUCCUUAUGAUGUAUUUGACCACUCUAAUAGGUAAUAUCCUCAUUGUCACUACCACUACACUUGAUCAGAAACUUCACACACCCAUGUAUUUCUUUCUGAGGAAUUUGUCUCUUGUAGACAUGUGCUAUAUCUCUGUCACUGUCCCCAAUGCCUGUGUCAGUUCUCUCACUGAUAAUAAGGCCAUUUCAGUGGCUGGCUGUGCUUCUCAGAUCUUUCUGGUCAUUUACUGUGCAUAUGUGGAACUUCUGUUUCUCACCAUCAUGGCCCAUGAUCGCUAUGUGGCCAUCUGCCAGCCCCUUCACUACCCUGUCAUCAUGAACCACGGAUUCUGUGUCUGGACAACACUGGCCUCCCUGCUCACUGGUUUCAUUUAUGCUGGUGUGCACACUGGCUACACAUUCCGACUGUCCUUCUGUCAGUCUAAUGUGGUCCAUCAGUUCUUCUGUGAUGUACCCUCUCUGCUGAGGAUCUCCUGCUCUGACACCUUCAGCAAUGAGCUUGUAAGUUUUAUUACCAUCAUGGGAGUUGGUGGUAGCUGCAUUAUCUUCAUCAUAAUAUCCUACAUUCAUAUAUUUUCUACUGUACUCAAGUUUUCAACCAGAGAGAGAAGAAAGGCCUUUUCCACCUGUAUCCCUCACAUCAUUGUUGUCUCUGUCUUUCUCAGUUCUGGCAGCUAUGUGUACCUAAAGCCUUCAGUUACCUCAGAAACUAUUCAGGACAUGAUUUUUUCUGUAUUUUAUGCUAUAGUUCCUCCAUUGUUGAAUCCUAUUAUUUAUAGUCUUAGAAACAAACAGAUAAAGGACGCUGUGAGGAAAGUAAUAUUAAGACAAUUUUAUUCAGAAAAAUGA